AUGGACAAAUUUGAGCAGAUAUAUGAUCGUAAACUUACACCGUUGCUGGCCAAAUUUGACCAACUUAACGAUAAAGUCGAUGAUGCUCUGAGUUCACUCUCCUUUUUGAGUGAAAAAUACGAGGAGAUUAAGGGAAAAGUGUCUCAACUGGAGGAAAGUAACAAAG